UCUCAUUCCCUCCUCCCUCUUCCUCCUCUUCUAUCGCCUACUCCUCCUCCUCCUCUUCCUUCUCCCUCCCUCCCCCCAUUCUAAAGGGGGGGAAAAUCCUCCCUUGCUCCCCCCUCAUCCGCGAUAACAAUAACAGCGAUAACAGCAGCAGCGGCGGCGGCGCUGGUGGUGGUGGCGGCUACGGGCAAUGACGAAGGAAGACCGAGGGGAAAACGACAACAACGACAACAACAGCAGCGAAUAAACGAGAACAAGAGAGAGGGACGAUAAGGACGGACGGCGGGAGGAGAAUCUGUGUUCUCCACCCCGCCCACCACCACCACCAACAACAACAACAGCCACCACCAUCAACCACCACCAUCAUCUAUCUCCCGCUCUCCGUGUCACCCACCGUGUUGCAACACUCAACACACACAACAGAGAGAGAGAAAGAGAAGCGAAAGGCGGGGUUGGUGAGGGUGAGAGAGAGAGAGAGGGGGGGAGGCAGUGAGAGAAACAAUGAAAUAAACGCGGGGGGACAAUGCGGAUGUCGCCUCGCUCUCUCGGACGCCGGCGUCGCUUCGUCGUUCUGCCGCUGACUUAAAAGGAGUCCGCAGCCACCGCCGCCACAAUCUCCUCCUCCUCCUCCUGUGCUCAUCGAUCAUCAUCAUCAUCCUUCCACCGGCCACCAACAUCAACCACCACGGUCUGGUCUCCGGCGUCUGCCGCCGUGUGGUUGUCCAUCGUUGUCGACAAAGAGGCGGCUCGAGAGAGAGCCCCCCACCACCACCACCUUGUUUAGCGAGGCCAGCAAGCCAGUUGUUUGCAGGCUUGCGACGCUCUCGUCUUCGUCUUCUUCUUGUUAUUGAUGUCGUCGUUGUUGUUGUUUUGAGACACAAGAAUAAGAAGAAAGCGUCUUCUCGCUCGGAUUCUCCUGCAAACCACCGACGAGAGGAUCUCGUCGCCUCGUGCCCUGCCUCGGUGUGUACCCGGUGGGAGGUCGUUCAUCUCUCGCUCGUCUCAUCUUUUAUUUUUUUCUUGGGGGGGCCCCCCGUGGCUUGCAAGCCCUCCACCAGGACGGAUGGUCACGGCGUCGGCGGAAGAAGACGACUGGACUUGAGUAGCGGUGAUGGUGGUGGUUGUUUUCUCCAAGGAUAUCCUAGCUUGGCGAGAAAGCAAGCCCCUCGUGUUCCUUCGAUUCGAGUCGGUUCGUUUUUAAGUUGACAUUCGUGUUUUUAGUUGGUUUAGCUGGGGGGGGGGGAGGGAGGGAGGGGGUUGGUGGUUAUUUUGUUAUUUUCGUUAGCGUCAUUACUUUACGAUCGUCGUCAUUGUUGCUGCCGCUGCAGUAUUAUUACAUCGUUCCAUUUCAAAUCUCAUAGCGAGCGAUAGGGAAGAGAAGAGGGCUGACCGAGAGACACCACCCCCUUCCCCGACCCGAGGAGGAGACCCCAGGCUCAUUUCCCCGGAGCUUUUUUUUCUUCUGGGGCUCGCUUUUGUUUUCCUAUGCGAGCCGAUCUGUUCCCGGGGUCCGGUCUGCUCCAGGACGCCGCGGCCCAUGGCCGGGAUCCGGCUGCAGAUCACAGCUUGCGGCCCGGACAGCAGCAGCAGCAGCAUCAGCAGCAGCAUCAUCAGCUGGAGCAGGAGCUUGAGGCGGCCAAGUCGAUGGAGACAUGUCACCAGCUGCCCGUGCUGCCCCUCGACCGACCGAUCCCCAAGCACGUCCUCUUGCGACGAGGCGCCAUUAGCUUCAGCUCCUGCACGGCCCUCUUCAGUGGACCUCAGCCCAGGCUUCUGUCACAGCGGCGUGGUGCAAUCUCAUUUGAAAGCUCGGACCAGAAUGCCAUUUACGUUCGCAUGCUAGGCGAUGUGCGAGUAAGAAGCCAGGCAGGAUUCUCAGCCCAGACCCAGCGCAGGGGCUCCUACCCUCAUCUCGACUUUAGACUUUUGCACUCCGCGGCGGCAGGCUCUGGAGAGAGCGCGUCGCGGCGCAAGGUCAAGCGCCUGCUGAGCUGCCAGCGCUAUCUGCGGGCCACUCCGGUGCAGCGGGGAGGCCGCUCACGUCUCUCCCUUCACAUGCUGGACGACGAUUACGACGGGCAGGCCAAGUGCAUGUUGAUGAAGGCUGCAAGCUGGAGCUUUGACAUGUUUUUGUUCGACCGAUUAACCAACGGGAACAGCCUGGUGUCCCUCACAUGCCACUUGUUUAAUUUCCACGGACUAAUCCAGCACUUCCAACUCGACAUGGUCAAGCUCCGUGGAUUUCUCGUGAUGGUGCAGGAAGACUACCAUAACCAGAACCCGUACCACAACGCUGUGCACGCGGCAGACGUCACGCAGGCCAUGCACUGCUACCUGCGCGAGCCCAAGCUGGCCGUGCACCUGACGCGCAGAGACAUCAUGCUGGGCCUGCUGGCCGCGUCGGCCCACGACGUGGAUCACCCCGGGGUCAACCAGCCCUUCCUCAUCAAGACUCACCACCACCUGGCCAGCCUCUACCACAACUCCUCCGUGCUGGAGAACCACCACUGGCGCUCCACGGUGGGGAUGCUACGAGAAUCCGGACUCUUCGCUCACCUACCGAUGGACGAGAGACUGCAGAUGGAGAGGGAUCUUGGUUCUCUGAUUCUCGCCACGGACAUCAGCCGACAGAAUGAGUUCCUGUCCCAGUUCAAAUCUCACCUGGACAAGGGGGACUUAUGUCUUGAGGAAGCUCCUCAUCGCCACUUCAUAUUGCAGAUCGCUCUGAAAUGCGCCGACAUCUGCAACCCGUGCCGCGUAUGGGACACCAGCAAGCGGUGGAGUGAGAAGGUGUGCGAGGAGUUCUUCAAGCAAGGCGACAUGGAGCGCAAGUGGAGGCUGGAAAUCAGCCCUUUGUGUGACCGCUACACACAGACUGUGCCCAACAUUCAGAUCGGCUUCAUGACGUUCGUGGUGGAGCCGCUGUUCAUGGAGUGGGCGCGUUUCAUGGGCUACACGCACCUCUCCCGCACCAUGCUGGGCCACUUGGGACUCAACAAGGCCAGCUGGCGCGGCCUGCAGAACGAGCUGGAGGCCGGCAGCGCCAGGGCGGAUGCCGCCGCCGCCGCCGCCGCCGAUACCGCGGACGACUCGCCCGAGGAUGGAGAGGGCCCCGAAAUGGGGCCCACGUCCUCCUCCUCCUCCUCCCUGCAAUAGCGGCGCUUCGACCUCCAGCGGCGGCCGGAGGUUUCUCGGGAGCGGUGCCAAGUUUGCGCGGACCUUGGUACCGUCGGUUUUGUUCGCACGUCGAUGCGGUGGGGCCGAGGAUGGCUGGCUGUGCGUCACGUAAGCCAAGGCCUUUAUUUGCAUCACGAGAGCUCCCCAGCAGGAGCACGGAGCCACGUGUUGAGCACGCCCACCUGCUUUCACUCCGCCACCAACGCCAACGUCGCCACCGGCCCUUGCGACACAACCACCACCACCACGGUGUGUGGCUGUGGAUUGCCGAGCAGGACAGACCGACUGCAAUACGUGAUGAAAGUGAGGACUGUGUACGGUGGAAUUGCGAAAGUAAUUGAAUCUCAGAGGGAUUUGUAUGAACCCUUAACGUGAGGACCACGAUGCCAAACUUUCAGAAAGAAUGAGAGGAGGGACAACCAGCUGGCCAGUGAUGCGCCCCCCCCAACCCCAACUCUCUAUCAAGACAGAGCGUCCUGCACCCCGAUUAAUAAAAAAGUGGCCUUUUCGAGGGCCCCAAUAGAUUAUGUGACUGAUGAAGAUGAAGGGAAAAAAUUAAUUCGUCAAUACUGAAUAGAAUGCGCUUCCAAUUGCAGGAUUCACCAGCGUUAGCAGACCGCCCCUGCCCAUGUGCAGUUAUUGACGACACGGAGAAGUGAAAGUCUUCAAAACCUGUUUUUCUUCACGCGACGUCCGUCGAGGCAUUAGAUCGACCAAGGGGCACGUGGACACGGAACUUAGAGUGUUGGAAACGGAGAGGCCACUUGGAAAUCUUGAAAUGAAGUCUGGCAACCCUCUCAAUGUCACUCGUCAGAAUCACAUCCAAAACCCCCUGGCCGUUUAUAGAACACAAUGGCCGAUACGGACUUUGCAACAUUCCUCCACGGAAUAUAUCCAUCCCAGCUUCGUAUAAUGGAGCUUGCCAUACUCUAACCCAACAGCCACCGAGGCUAGGCUGACGGCUGCUCCGGUGAAUUUUCUAUGUAGAUUUUAAAAAAGUAAAAGCAUUUUACAACAAUUCCUAAAUCCCUUUCUUGAAACCCCUGAAGUUCACUCCCCCUUUUUUCUGACUUCACCAGCCCCAGGCCUUUAACUCGUGCACCGCUAGCACUGCUGUGCCCACACUCGACACCAGCGAAUGGGGCCCGCCGUUCUCGUGCGAGCGAGCGACGCUUGGCGGCGCUCGCGUGCGGUCCGAGCACGGGGGGUGUAGAGGGACCGCGCGAGCCCUCUAUCACUCUCUAGGGUCCUAGAAGCGCCGUCAGCGGGGUUGACACAGGCACGCUUAGAGCUUUGAAGGGCACACACGCACGCUGGGUUUUUGCUUUUCUACCAAUGUUAAAAAUCAAAAAUCCUAAGUUAAAUUUGCCAGUGCACAGUCGGGGCCCUCGCAGCCCAUGGCGAGCAGGUCACGGGGGCCAUUCGCAAGGGGAAAACGCCUCGACGGCUAUUUAAAAUUCGGUUUUCUCCCUUGGGUAGCCUGCGAAGGGCCCAGUGAAUAUGAAAACAAUGAGGGCUCGGAGGAUGAUCAGAGUUCCCCAUCCUGUUGGUUGGCCGAUAAAUGCUAAGGUGUGCUCACUGAUGGCUGCGAAGUGUCACGUGUCCUUUUUAUAUCGAUCGACCCGGACAGACAUCCCCCGUGCUACCAAGCAGGGGUAACUCGGCGGUGUUUGCCGAGAAUAUUUUUUUCUUUUGAUUGGGUUUUUAUUUCUUUUUUAAAAUUUAUUCCCACACCACGCGGCGCACGUUCCUCCUGCGCUUGACGUUCUCGUGUUGCCCCCCCCCCCCCCCCCCCCCCCCCCCCCAAUCUCGAGACUUGCGGUGGUUGAAAUGGGUGCAAGGGCGCGUUCAGAAACUUGUGCACGGGCGGGGGGCCAUCAUCGCGAAACAUCCAUCGGGUCGAGGAAGGAGGCGCCUCCUUUGCACGCUUUCACAAACCAGCGCCGAAUGGCACGCGUCGUUUUUAACCAUUUUUCCGUGCUCGCCGCGCACUCACGGGAAUCGGUGGAGGGGGGUGACGUGCGGCCGAACGACUGGUCAAGGCUGCAGUUGAAUGCGAGCGGGUUAAGUCUCCAAGGUGGUCAAUUCCAAAGUUCCAGGUUUAGAUUUUAGAGCGAUGAACGCUGGUGGCCGAACAGCAGCCAAGUCUUAUACAUGCACAAGGCCAAAACGAUGAGUUUGCGCAGUCACGGGAACACGUUAAAACAAUCCGUUGAGAGAUAUUUUUGCUAUGCUCAAUAAGUAUAUUGUGUCGUUGAUGGAGUGACGGGUGGGCUCGUUGGGGGAGUUCUCGGCCAAUUGUUGUUUACCUACGGAUAUAAGGAAAAAAGGGAUGGCGUGCAUUUGCUCUGUGUGCGCGUGUGUGUUUGCGUGCGAGCUCGCUCUAUUCUACACACACGCGCGUAAUGCAAGUGCACGUUCACGCACAGACGUGCGUGCUCGCGUUGCGCGAUGUAAUUAUAGGGGGGGGGGUAACACCUUUUCAAGAAAAGUGAAGACUUGAAUUCAAACUGUCGAAGCAAACAGUACCUCAAGCAAAACUCAGCUUGCAAGACUGUUAGAGGUUUUCCCUGUAUGCUUGCUGUUUGAUGAACGAUGGAAAGAGCAAGCUAAUCGCAUUUAUGUAACAACAAAACCCCAAGGCUUGCCAAGUCCCCGUCAGUUCCCUGUCCAGCUAAGUUUGAUUUACUUUUAACAAUUUGUGAUAGGUUACCUUUCUGCAAAAUUGGCCUGUCGUGGAGUGAUGCCGGGGGGG